UUUGCAUGAGAAAAUAUUCUGCGUUUUCAGAAAACUUCAAUCCAUGUAUACAGUUGAAUUCUAAUUAGACUUUCUAUCGUUAAUCAUGUAAACACAGAAAAGUGACGUUUUUAGAAAAUCAUUAGUUUUCGGAAAACGUUGUCAUGUAAACAAACGUACUGCAACAACGUCUCACCAGCCCGAGUACAACUUAGUAAUUUACUGAGUCAGUUACACGAAGAAUGAGUCAAAUAGGCUGAGGUAGUGAAUCAUAAGUGAUAUAACAAGAACGGAAUCCUUUUGAAGGAAGAACUGCAUGGAAGAGACUACCUAAACUUCUUUAGCCAGUUUCGUGUUUUAUAACAGGGUCGUUUUUUGCCAAGAUUUAUUUUCUUUUCAUUUUCCUACGGUAUUUUAUUGACGUCAGGUUUUAAACGACUGAUUGUAGACACUGAAAACGACUUGUAUCGAAAAUUCCGGUAGAGAAGAAUGUUACUCUACAUCUCAUGCGGCAUGGCUGUGAUUCUCAAUAGUCUGCUUUUCUUGAGCGUUUUCACGGCAGAUGCCUUUGAGGUCAAGGCCCCCAGAAAGCACAACAUAGCUGUCUAUGGCGAGCCUGCGUUUCUGGAAUGCAGUUACCCCACGAGUGGCAACUCCCCUCUGAAUCAGCUGGUGAUAACAUGGCAGCGUGAGGACAACGAGGUGGUGCACAGCUUCUACUACGGUUCGGAUCAGGCCGACAGUCAGAGCCAGCGCUACCGAAACAGGACCAGCCUUUACCUGCCCCAGUUACUGAAGGGAAACGCAUCACUGCGUCUCGACCGGGUCGGGCCCCAGGACGCAGGGGAUUAUCUGUGCUCCGUCAGCAACCUGGAAGGAACAGGGAAAGACGUUUUGCAUUUAGCAUUUGCAGCUUACUACAAGGAGCCCCGUUUCAGCGCCAAGCUGCACUCUGGGAACACCUCUCUCCUGUAUGAGAGCGAGGGCUAUCCUGAAGCACAGGUCCAGUGGCUCACCCCACAGGGCAGGGACCUCCCACACCGUACUGAAGCCCUCCAGCAGACUAACGGGAGCAGGCUGUACACUCUCAAGAGCCUCCUUGUGGUGGAUCUCAAUUCAGACACCGACUUCACUUUCAUACUGCAGAACGACGUGCUGAAUCAGACAAUCACCAGAUUCGUCAGCUUCAGUCGAGACGGCGACGGCGAUUCAGAAAAUAAUUGUGAUUGUCUCGGGAAGAGAUUGGCUAUCGUUCUCAUCGUGAUUACUGCUUCACUUCUUUCAGUGGCUGGUUUGCUUUGCUACCAGAGAAGAAAAAGACCGGAGGGACAGGGACUUUAUAGCUAAAUGAACUGCUUCACCAUCCUUACUUUUUAAGUAUACUCUUAUGAUUAAUAAUAUGUUAUUUAAACACACAUGAAUAUACUGUUCUUCUAUAUGGGUAUAUCAACAGCAGAAAAAUUCAUCUGAAUUCUUAGCAGCUGGCCCUGCAGUACAGAUCAACAAAGACUGUAUUAUAUAUCAGCAAGACUGAAACCCAGAAAGAAUUAGGAAACUCAAGAGAAUGUUUCCUGGCCUGGAUCCUGAAACUGCUGUGUUUUUGUAUUUCAAAGAUUACUUUUUCCUUAAAGGGGUACUGUGUACCCACAGCUUUAACAGCUUGUUUGCAUAGCAACAUCCUAAUUGCCGGGACACAGUGAUGACAGACACCGUAAAACAGCAAAUUACCUUUGUAGCUACCUGCUCUAACACAUAUAAAUAUAUUUCAAUAUAAAUAUGCCUAUUUAAAAUACCGCAAGAUAUUUUUACAAUAUAUUCUAUAUUUUGGAACCUUUUAAAAGUUUCCCCGACCAUAAAACACGAGCUGCCUUUCACGAGCGACCAGACGAUCAGACACCAAGUCAGACGUGUUUCGUUCUGCAGUAGGGAGACAAAAGGAGCCCAAACGAAGUAACUUUAGGAAGCUGCUUUUUUAUGACCAGGGGAUGAUCCGGUUGUUAUUUAUGACCUCUUUUCAGUAAUGUAAUCUAAUACCUUACUUCCCACUUUUGCACACUGUUUGUUUCAGUUUCCAAUGGUAACAGUAUAAUGUUAAUUUAUUGCUCUUUAUCAAAGGCAUGUAUUUCUUUAUUUAUUUUUAGCCAGACUUUCCCAUGCUGAUUAAGGAAACUAGCCCUCCCUUCCGGGCUGUAUUUAGCCCAUUAACCAGCAGUAAUAUAAAAGAGCUUGCAUGUAUUGCACCACAGAUACAGUCUACUUUACAUGAAUCCGCUUCAGCAAAAUGACUGCCCGCCUCAUUUCCUGUUGCCAUUUUUGUAUUUGCUUUAUUAGUGAUAACAUUUUGAUGUAAUUAUGUUUACAGCACAGCUUUCUUCAGGGGUUCUCUCACUUUUUUGACACUUAUAAAGCUCAAUUAAAACAGUUUUUAUUUGACAUGUGUUAAAAAAAAGAAAGCCCUUACCUUGAUAUACUCUUAACCCUGUCAUGCAUGGCAACCUCAUACAGGGACAGACACAAAAAAAACAAAAAACUCUCUCUCUAUUCUUUAUAUGGGGACAUAUGGAAGAGGCAAAUGCCUGAUAACCUCUUGAGGAUGCAAUUUCCCCCCAUAUAAAACAAUGGAACAAAAAAAUAAAUCAAUGGAAAAUGUGUUUAUUAUUAUAUGUCCAAAACUGUUUUUUUUCCCAGCUAUUUUCAGUAUUUCAUGUCGGAAAGAGUUAACCUUCACUGCGGUCAGUUGUUAUGAAAUUCAAGCAUUAACUCAGAAGCUGCGAUUUACUGCAGUUAUAAAAACAGAGAUACAUAAUUCAAACUGAAUUCCCUGGUUUAUUUCCAAGUGUUCUGCUCAGUAUUACACAUAAUAAACAAGAAUAUUUUCAUACUCUAUGGCUAAAAUCCCAGCAUUCCCAGACCCAAGUCUGGGACACUGUUUUAUUGAAAAACCUCUUGUGUUUAUCUGACAGAUCACUGGACCAGUUUACCCAAAGUAAUAUAAAGCACUUCAAGAUUAAUGUUAAUCCGGGCCUAUGAAACCAGACGUUGCGCAGCUAGGAAAAACUAGUAAAACUGCACUAAACAAAGCCUCUGCUACAUUGGGAGUUUUACACAAACUACAUAGUACAUGAAUAGAUGCAUUAGGGCAGGACACCAGGAAAAAAAUAAGGCAUUUACUGUAUCUUCUUUCUAAAACAGGAUAUCUGGUACAGCACACAAUGAAGACUUUAUUUGCAAGCCUUGUUUACAGGUAGUCCAGCACUUCCAUUGUCAUUGUAUUGUUAUUUUAUUGUAUGGUCUACAUAGCUCUUUCUUUGUAUUGGUGCUUCUCUACUGAGAUGUACCUGUGUUGGCCCUGGGGGCACAUACUGAAUAAACUAACUAAACUAAA